AUGCCUCUGAAGCAGCAGCGUUGGCUGGAUGAGCAGGAGCGCAGGGGGGAGGAGGGCCUGGCACAGCCCCUGAUCCCUGUGCCUGCCGCCGGCACCACCACCACGGCGAGCACCGCCGCCGCCAGAUCUGCGUCCUUCGUCCUCCCCACCCCCUUCCGCAACGCGGCGCCGGCGUCUGGCGGCGGCGAGGGCGGCGGCGGGCUGCCUCCGGCCAAGAAGGCGGGGGGCGUGCUGCGUGACAAGCACGGCAAGUACCGCACCCUGUACGACCAGCGCGCCCGCACCACGGUGCUGGUCAACCCGCAGUAUGUGGGGCGCAGCUUCCGCGCCUCCCCCCGCCAGCUGGGCUUCAUCACGCUGGCCUGCGCGCUCGUGCAAGCGGUAUGCGCCCCCAUCGGCGGCCUGUUGGGCCACUACCUCAACAGGGCGCACGUGAUGGCUGCCGGCUGCUUUGUGUGGGGGGUCAUGGCCAUCGGCUUUGCCUUCACAAACACCGUGGCGACAGGCAUGUCCUUCUGGGCCUUCAACGGCGUGGGCCUGGGCCUGCUGCUCCCCAACGCCCAGUCCCUCAUAGCAGACUACUUCUCAGCGCUCAGCCGCGGCAAGGCCUUUGGCGCGCUGUACCUGACGAGCGCGCUGGGCGGCAUGCUGGGCGCGCUGUUUGCCACCAACAUGGGCCACACGCACCCCUUUGGCAUGCAAGGCUGGCGGGUGGCCUUCAUCACAGGCAAGCGCGGGGUCCGCAGUGGCGGGCAGGACCCUGACCUGAUGGCCGUGGCCACCCCCCGCGCCAUGCUGGCCGACAUCUCCUCCGUACUGGCGGUGCCCUCCUUUGUCAUCGUGGUCACCCAGGGCAUCGUGGGCAGCACCCCCUGGAACGCCCUCGUCUUCAACACCCUCUACCUCCAGCUCCUCGGCUUCUCAGACUUCCAGUCCUCGCUGCUGGGCGGCUUCAUCGGCGACUGGGCCGCGCGGCGCCACCCCAGCCACGGCCGCGUGGCGGUGGCGCAGGUGUCGGUGGGGCUGGGGGUGCCGCUGUCGAUCGCCGUGUUCAAGCUCCUGCCCAUGGGCAGCAGCGGCGGCAUCGUGGCGCUGUACGGCGUGGCUUUCACGAUCUGGGGGCUGAUGAUCAGCUGGGCGGGCGCCGCCUGCACCUCCCCCAUCUUUGCAGAGGUGGUGCCCAGCCAGCUGCGCUCCCUGGUCUACUCAUUCGACCGAGCCUUUGAAGGCGGGACCCGCCCGCUGGCUGCCAGUGCGGUGGCCGCCUGCGGCGCGCCGGUCGUGGGCUGGCUGGCGGAGCGCCUGGGCUUCAACAGCGCGGAGGGCGGCGGCGGGCAGACGGAUGCGCAGCGGGCACAGGCGCUGGGCGACGCCAUUGUCAUCUGCACCGCCGUGCCCUGGGCCCUCUGCUGCCUGCUGUACUCUGGCCUGCACGUCACUUACCCCCGAGACCGCCGCCUGGCGCUGCGCUCGCAGCGCACCCGCUCCGGCUACGCCCCCCCCCUGCCCUCCCUGCCCAUGGCGCCCUCGGCAGAGGUCUGGGAGGCCACGCCCAGCGACUCGCCCACCGCGGCACAAGCCGCGGGCACCGUGGGCCCUCGCGUCAGCUUCAUCGAUGGCCGCCCCGGCGAGUAG